GUGCUUGAGUAUUUUCAUUUUCUGUUAUGUUGUGCAUGUUUGUUUUUGUUUUGUUUUUUUUACUCCACUACAUUUGUUUGAUAACUUGAGUUAUAGGGUAGUAAUAGGCUAGUAAUAGGCUAAUCAUAAGACUAUUUAUCAUGGGUUAGAAUUCAGAAGCUACCCAACAGUAAUUAAAAUUAUAUUCAUAUAAGGUAGUUAAAAUUAGCCUAACAUUUUGUAAUAAGAGUAUUUUUACAUUGUGAUAUAGCAAAUUUUACUUAAGGAUCCGACUACUAGUUCCACCGCACCCAAAUUGCAGGGUUGUAAACAAAGAACUUGUGAAAACACAGCAGAACCUCUGUUUUUUGGUGUUAUCCUGAAAUAAUUUCCCUUUGUAUUACUGUUAGUUUGCCGAAGUGCCAGUGCUAGUGCACCCACUGCUAACAUCCCGUCUUAGUGGUCAGUUCUGCCUACGGAUCAGAGAUUAAGCUGUGAGACCAUGGCAGUGAAGGACCGUGUAGAGGCGGUGCUCAAUGUGGGUCUGCGUGUUCCCAGCAUCAUGCUGCUCGAUGUCCUGUACCGUUGGGACGUCAGCUCUUUCUUCCAGAAGAUCCAGCGCUCCAGCCUUUCCAACAACCCCCUGUUCCAGUACAAAUACCUGGCACUCUACCUGCACUAUGUAGGUUACAUUCUGAGCUUAGUGCUCCUGACUCUGCCUCGUCAGCACCUGGUUAAACUCUACCUGUAUGUCGUCACAGCCCUUCUGCUGUUUGCUGGUCACCAAGUCUCAAGGGAUUAUGUCCGUAGUGAACUGGAGUCUGGCAAUGAAGGACCUGUCUACCUGGAACCUCUUUCCAUGAACAGAUUUACCACUGCAUUGAUAGGUCAGCUGGUGGUGUGCACAUUAUGUUCCUGCGUGAUGCAGACCAAGAGGAUUUGGCUUUUCUCAGCUCACCUCCUCCCUCUAGUGGCCAGACUGUGUCUGGUCCCACUGGAAACUAUUGUCUUCAUCAAUAAGUUCUCCAUGAUCUUCACAGGCCUGGAGGUCAUGUACUUCCUGGCUUCUAACUUACUGGUACCAUAUAACCUGGCUAAGACUGCAUACAGGGAGCUGGCUCAGGUGGUGGAAGUGUAUGGACUGCUAGCUUUGGGUAUGUCUCUAUGGAACCAGCUCGUUCUCCCGGUUCUCUUCAUGUGUUUCUGGCUGCUGCUGUUUGGUUUGCAGAUCUACUCCUACUUCAGCACCAGAGACCAGCCUACCUCAAGGGAGAGGCUCCUUUUCCUAUUUCUUACCAGUGUUGCAGAAUGUUGUAGUACACCCUACUCCUUGUUGGGUCUGGUUUUCACUGUCUCCUUCAUUGCUCUGGGAGUUCUCACACUCUGCAAGUUCUACCUGCAAGGCUACAGAGCCUUUAUGAAUGACAACACCAUGCACAGGGGAAUGACGGAAGGCAUCACCCUGCUGAUCCUAGCUGUGCAGACUGGCCUCAUCGAGCUGCAGGUCAUCCACCGAGCCUUCCUCCUCUCCAUCAUUCUCUUCAUUGUUGUUGCUUCCAUCCUGCAGUCCAUGCUGGAGAUAGCAGACCCCAUAGUCUUGGCCCUGGGAGCAUCCAGAGACAAGAGUCUGUGGAAGCAUUUCCGAGCGGUGUCUCUGUGUCUUUUCCUGCUCAUCUUUCCAGCAUAUAUGGCCUACAUGAUCUGUCAGUUCUUCCACAUGGACUUCUGGCUUCUAAUCAUCAUAUCCUCCUCCAUCCUUACCUCACUGCAGGUUCUCGGCACUCUGCUGAUCUAUGUUCUUUUCAUGGUGGAGGAGUUUCGCAAGGCUCCAGUAGAAAACAUGGAUGAGGUUAUCUACUGUGUCAAUGGGACCUAUCGAUUGCUGGAAUUCCUGGUUGCGGUGUGUGUGGUGUGCUACGGUGUGUCAGAGACGGUGUUUGGGGAGUGGAGUGUGAUGGGCAGCACCAUCAUCCUGGUGCACUCCUAUUAUAAUGUCUGGCUCAGAGCCCAGCUGGGCUGGCAGAGCUUCCUUCUCAGGAGAGAUGCUGUAAACAAGAUCAAAAGUCUCCCCACGGCCAGUGACUCACAGCUGCAACAGUACAACGACAUCUGUGCUAUCUGCUACCAGGACAUGACCAGCGCUGUGAUCACUCCAUGCAGUCAUUUCUUCCAUGCUGGCUGUCUGAAGAAAUGGCUUUAUGUCCAGGAGUCAUGUCCUCUCUGCCACUCACAACUCAAGAGUCAAACUGCCACCCCCAACCAGGACACUCCUGCAGCCAAUCAGAGCCCGCCAGUGCAGGAAGAAGGCACAGCUGAGAAGAAGCAGAAAGAUGGUGCACCUCCAGAUGAUAGAAAGGAGGAGGGAAAAGGAGAGCAAGAACGAGAUAAUGGGCCUACCAUGUCAGCUGGAGAUGCUUCAACCUCCUCUGUGGUGCCCUCUGCUCCCCAGCACCUUGUCAAAACUCCAUCAUCGUCAUCAUCAUCAUCUAGUUUUCUGCGGAACCAGUCCCCCACAGAUUAUUCCUCUUCAUCUGACAGGGUGGACAUAUUGCCCUCGUCUCCAUCUCUCUCACACAGCCCCACCCCCUUCAUCUCUUGCCACUCGUCCUCAGAACAAAUGGGCCAGGGAGAGAUGACCCCUGCUGAGUGUGAUCCUGCCCCAGCAUUGCCACUGGACAUCCAGGAGUCAUCUACUGGCUCAUCAUCACAGCCUGACAAGCCCACUUCUCAUUCUGAGGAACAGCCUCCUCUUCCAUUCAGCCUCUGAGCCCCAUCGUAACACGCAUGACAUGCAUGCACAUAUAAAUACUUUAUAUACUCCAUCUCUCAAUAUUCUACUCGUCCGGCAGUUGGCUAAAUUCCUUCAUAUACAUUUUGAGAGAAAAAUCCAGAAGUCUUUAAGCAGAUAUUCAUCAUUAAGAAACAGGAGGAACAGUUAAUCUGAAUGUUUAACUCAUGCCAGCAAUGAUUUCAUCAGGGUGGGCAUAACUUUUCCAUGUCCCUUUUUUGAGGGGGGAUUCAGACUAAACACAAAAAGAGGAAAACCAUAAUCUCAUUUCAAAAAUAACUGGGAGUUCUAUAUCAUGUCCAAAAUAUGUAAACUCCUGAAUGAAACUGAAGUCUCACAUCACAGGUUUUUGCUGUUUCUCUACAUGUUUUGUGUGAUAUGAGACACGGUGACAUUUCCACAACAUGCUUUUGUCCUUCUCAUUUCAAUCCCAGACAUUUCAUGUGAUGGUUGCUCCCAUCCUGCCAUUGUUUGUGCAGCUCCACUCUCAUUGCUGUGCAUUCUCUGUAGUCCUGUAUGUGCCAUGAUCUCAUAAGGAAUUAGUCAGAGGCUCCGAGAGCCUUGAUAGACUCAGUAACUGAUGGUUGCAUUUGAAAUAGUGACAAAGUCUUAACAUUUCUUAAAGUUGACAAUUUAGAUGGUUUUUAAGUUGUCACUGUUGGGUGACACUUACGUGUAUUAGUGAAUACUAA